AUGGUCUCUGUGCACCUGCGUCUGCCUGCCUCGUCCGACCUCGCUGCUCUGCUCACCCACCUCAUCGCCCACCUGGGCUGCUGCCACCCUGCCACUGCGUCCCCACUCUCCAGAGCUCUCAUCCCUCUACUCUACUUUAAUUCCCCACUCCCAUCCUCACAGGUUUCAGUGCGCAUGCGUCUCCCGGCCUCCUGCGACCUCUCCGCUCUUCUCGCCCACCUCAUCGCCCACCUGGGCUGCCACCCUGCCAUCACUCCCGCGCUCAACUCGUCCCUGCCUGGGAGUGCAGUGCAGAAAAGAGCAUCGUCGGUGGAUGAUGCGGGGGACAUGGUGGGGGCAGGCGGCAUGGCGGUGUAUGCAUGGGACAGCCCUGUGGCUCGCCAGAUGGUGCUCAUGCCGCUGCUUCCCCACGCGCACCUGCCCGCACAAACGCACACGGGCACAGACACCAAGAAGGAAUCUGAGCAGGGUGAAAGGGAGACAGGGGUUCAGGUGGAAUCUCAGGUGGAUCCUCAGGUGGAUUCAACAGAGCCGGUGGUGGUGGCGGGUGGGGGCGCUGUGAAGGUGCUGCUGUUCGAGCCUCUUGUGGGCCUUGGCACUCCGGAAAUCGAGUUUCUCAAGCCAGGUGCAUUCACACCCGCAGAGCUUGACAUCAUGGUCAGCACCGUCCAAUCAGCAAUCGACAGCUCAGCACCCUUCCGGCCUCAGCAGCAGGCUGGUCCAGGUGCUAGCAGCCGCAGUGGUAGUGGCGUUGGUGGUGGUCAUACCAACAGGAGUGGCUCACUGUUGCCGUCUCCUGACAGAUCUCCUGACAGGGCUCCUGACUGGAGCACAACUGGCAAGAGCUUGAGUGGUGGUUACAGCAGCAGGGGUGCCAUUGGCAGUGGUGGUGGCAGUGGUACUGGUGGUGGUGGGGGGGAGGGACACACUGGCAUGUCCCAGGCAAUUGCUGAGAAGCUUCAGCGCAUGGGAGUGAUGGUGUAUGCUCCUGGUGGAGAGGAGGGAGGGAGUGGGAGGGGAGAAGGGGAGGAGGAGGGGGAGGAGGAGGAAGAGGAGGGGAAGGAGAGGGAGCAGGAGGAGGAGGGGAAAGGGGAUGAGAGGAGGUGGAUGGAUUGGGGAAAUCUGGUUGGAUAUGAGGAGCAGAAACGGGAAAUAGAGGACACGGUGCUGCUAGCCCUGCUUCGCCUAGACGUGUAUGACAGCAUUGCCAGGGCCACGCGCACCCACUUUGAGUCCAACCGCCCGCGCGCCGUGCUGUUUGACGGGCCGCCAGGCACUGGGAAGACGUCAUGUGCACGAGCCAUGGCCAAACGAGCGAGCGUGCCCCUGGUGUAUGUGCCUCUCGAGUCUGUAGCAUCCAAGUACUAUGGGGAGAGCGAGCGCCAGCUGUCGACUGUGUUUGUGCUGGCCAAUCAGCUGCACCCAGGUGGCGCCAUUGUGUUCCUCGAUGAGGUGGAUGCACUGGCAACAGCGAGGGACAGCGACAUGCAUGAAGCGACGCGGCGGGUCCUCUCAGUGCUGCUCAGAGAGAUGGAUGGGUUUGAGCGGGACCAGGGCAUUGUGGUCAUAGCUGCAACUAACAGAAAGGAGGACCUGGAUCCGGCUCUCAUCAGUCGUUUUGAUGCAGCCAUUACAUUCUCCCUCCCGGAUGCACACACCCGUGCACUGAUCAUCGCUCAAUACGCACGCCACCUCACUCCGGAGGAUAUAGAAUCCCUUUCACAUGCAUGCAACAACAUGUCUGGGAGAGAUAUCCGCGAUGUUUGUGAGCAAACAGAGCGGCAUUGGGCUUCCAAGAACAUCCGCGACAUGAGCGUGUGCGAGUCAUCGUCCGAAGCCGCCUUCCCCGGCAUGACUCAGGGGAUCCCGUCGUAUCUAACGGGACACUAUCCUUUCGCAAACUAUGGCGGCCAGGCGUCGUAUCACUUUGGCGCGCCGUUUCCCCCGAUGUACGGCGCGCCCAUGCACAUGCAGCUUCCGCCGCACAUGACUCCGCACGCGUCCGCGCACGCAGCGGCGCACGGAACGUCGCAUGCAGGGGCGCACCCAGCGGGGCAUCCACGGUACGCUUUCCCCUUUCCGCAGCCCGCUCGACAUCAUUCAACUCGCCACCCAGCUCGCCAUGGCGCCGCGGCAUCCGCGCCCACAAAGAGACUUCGUCGUACCGGCCGAUCUGAUCGCGACAGUAUGGGUCACAUCCCCACGCCCUUUUUCAACGACAGUCCGGUAGAUGUCGAGAUUGACGGUGCUGAUGAGCCCGCGGGAGGCGAUAACGCUGGGUUCGGCAGCGGCAGCGGCGGCAGCGGUGGCGAUCAUUUGUUCGACGAGCUUUCCUGGGGAUUCCCUGAUCUUGAGUUCAAACCAAAGCUUGACUCCGCGGCCAUGGCGACUACCGAUGUCCGAAAUUCUGACUUGCAAUUAUCUCUGGAACCCACUGCGAUUUCUGAUCAAGCGCCGCACGUGACGCACGAUGGCGCGUACUACUCGGAAUACUACCCGCAUCCGGCGGCUGACUAUCCUCCAAUGGCGAGCCCGUAUCACGCGGCGUACUACCAACAUCAUCCAUCUCAUCAUCCUCUCUACAGUCAUCAUCUGUACAAGCAGCGGCACGCGGAAGCCGCAGCGAUGGCGAGGCAAGCGCGAGUGGCGGCGACGAGGGAGGCGCUCGCAGGGAGAAUCGGCGCGCAAUCUAUCGCAGGGCGAAGCUCGCAAUCGGUCGCAGGGCGAAACGUGAAGUCGCCGGGUGUCGCACACGCGAAGGCGACGGGGAAGAGAAAGGGAGGAGACAUUAUCGCGGACCCGAACUCGCUCGGCGGAGGUUUGGAAUUCGAGGAUCAUCCCGAUUUCGCCGCCGCUGUCGCGGCGAACGAGCCGUGUGCUGUCGUCCCGUCGCGCGCUGACCGCGCCGCGUCUCCCGCUGACCUACUGGUUCCGUCGUCACCGUCCGUUCCGUUACGACCUGCCGCUUCCUUGGAAAUCGCUUCUGCAUUUCCAGCUGCGCCCGGCCAUCCAUCGCUCUCUCUCGCUCCCGACCUCGACGGCCCAUGCCGUUUCGCCAUUCAUCCUUCGUUACCCGGAAACCGAGACGAUGCGACUCCCGCGGCCUUAUUCCCGCCUGUUCCGCGAAUGCCUGCUGCGGUUUCAUCCCUCGCCGUUCCUUCCGCUGUGCCUUCCGCCGUGCCUUCCGCUGCUGCGAGUAUUCCGCCGACAGUCGAUCCGAAGCGAAGAAGGCUGUCAGGCGGGCGGCGGGGCGUCAUCCGCGCGUCCGGGGGGGGACCGGAAGGCGCGGGGAAGAGCGCAGGGGGGAAGCGUGAGGAGCGCGCGGGGCCGACGGCGGAAACCUCCCCACUGGUGCGCUUCGCGUGGUAUGCGUCAGAGGCGUUCGGGAAGGCGGUGGCGACGGUGCGCGGGGGGGAGGCGGAAGGCGGAAAGGGGAAGGGCGCAACGGCAGAAGGGGAGCCCGCGGUGGUUGAGCGCGACGCGGCGAUUAAAGCGCUGAGGGAAGACUAUGACAAGUCUUACUUUGUGACAGGCGAGAUGACCAUGUGGCUGUACGAGCCAGAUUGCGAGUUCGCCGAUCCCUUUGUGUCGUUCAACGGCCGAGAUCGAUUCAAGCAGAACGUGUCCAACCUCGGGUCGUUCAUGGAGGAAGUUUCUCUGAAGAUUCUCGACUGGCAGGAGUCAGAGGGCACGGUUACCACCAAGUGGAGAUUCAGCUGCGUACUCGGCCUGCCAUGGCGCCCCAUUCUUGCUGCAUCCGGGUCGACAGACCAUUUCUUCAACGAAUCGACAGGAAAAAUAUACAAGUAA